AUGCCUCAACUUCGGCCCAGGACGGCACCAUAUGGCCGAGACUCAAACCAACGACACAAACAACAUGGAAUGUAAGUUUUGAUGGCUUUUUUUGGUAGUUGAGGAAAUAUUAGGGAAUUCUUCUUGAGAUUGUUGUUGCUUGUGUUUGGUGAUGCUUCAAUUGAUUAUUUGAUUUUCAGAUAUUGCUCCAAGAUUUCACUGCCCUACCCCUAUUGUUUACCACCCAUUUUGCACUAUGUAAGUUGUUGUUUCACCCUUGCUUUUAGCCUGGUUUUUUCUCAAACUAUAUGGUAUAUAUUUUCAGGAACCUAAACAUCACCUUCACUCUCGCCACACCCCUUUCCAUUUGCAACACCCAUCCACCCCUCCCACUCGCACCGCACCCCUCCUCCGUUCCACUCCCACCACACUCCUCCCCUAUCACACUCUCUUCAGAAUGUAAGUUUCGUGGUUUAUUAGUAGUUGAGGAAAUUACAGAUAGCUUGAGAUACUUGUCAAUUUUUUUGAGGAUCCUUCAAUUUAUUCUUUUAAUUUGCAGAGAUCUCCAAGCCCCAUGCAACGGAUACCUUUAA